AUGAGGGGAGGUCGCUGACGUGUGGGCCUCCGCCGGCUAUCCACCACCACCACGCACUGACUGGUUGAUUCCUACGGUUUGUCACAGGCCAACAGCCGGAGCUCGCUCGCCGGCGCUUGUCCAGUCCACGCACAUGGCGACUCCGACCACGAGCCGUCUCCACGUCCACCUCCUCCCCGCCCUCCCAUCCUGCCCACCUCGCGCUCCGUCCUCCUCAGCCCCAUCAGCUCGGGGACCCAGCCGUCGGCUUGCCUCCCGGCUCUACUGCUCCUCGCCGCCGGUGGAAGCGCCGCCGUCCGGCAAGGGCGGCGAGUACCGGCCCUCCUUCGCCGACGACUUCCUCCUCGCCUUCUUCCGGGCCAAGAUGGUGGAGCUGUAGGAGGUUGGGUGGGAUUCUCAAAAGCCUGGAUACGACGGGCUGAUUGAAGUUGCGAAUCGCCUUAUGAUCAAGGGGAAGAAUGCUUCGGAGACUGAGCAAUCAGCUGUCCGAGUACUCCAGGCACUAUUCCCCCCUCUGUUGCUAGUCCUUUUCAAAGCACUUUUAGCACCAAUUGCUAAUGGCCAACUUGCAUCCAUGAUGGUAGCUAGAGCAACAGCGCUUUCUUGCCAAUGGCUGAUGGGCACAUGUUCAGUGAAUUCUGUGGCACUGCCCAAUGGGAAGUCGUUGUCAAGUGGGGUGUUUGUCGAGAAGUGUAAAUAUUUGGAAGAGAGCAAAUGUCUUGGCAUUUGUAUCAACACGUGCAAACUGCCAACCCAGACCUUCUUCAAGGAUCACAUGGGCGUCGAUUUGUAUAUGGAGCCAAAUUUUGAAGACUAUAGCUGCCAGUUCAACUUUGGAGUUCCACCCCCACCUAUCGACACCGACAAGGCCCUGAAGGAACCAUGCUUGGACAUAUGCACAAACGCGAGACGGCGCAGAGAGUUUGGCAGCAGCGGUGGCCCAGAUGGUCUAUGCCCCCAGGAAAUGGUGGACGAGGAGUUAACCGAUAUCAUGGUAGACAUGGAGUUUGGAGAACUGAUGAAAGACUGGAUAGAAGAUUGGUCAGAUGAUGAAAAUUCAGAUCGUGAAGAUCGGUCAGAGAAUGGGAACGAAUGGGACGAUCUUAAUAUCGAUGAGCUUGAUAAUGACCAGGAAAACAACUCGGAGCUCUCGAAUGAAGAUUACAUUAGUCAGUUCAUUUUCGAAUGUCAUAAUGCGUACGACUAUUACGGUGAAUCCGACACGGAGACAGGCCUUAAUGACGAAUCAUUAGAUGCACCUGGUUCUGGGCAGUCCGAGUCGUCGGUCAUCAUGAUUGAGGUGAUACAAGAUGAUGGGGCAAAGAAUGUCCAAGAUACUGCCAGUGCAGAUGAUAAGAGGGAUAUGUUCAUGCAGAUAAUGGAAAUGACCUUUACGUCUCACGAUGCUGCGUAUGAUUUCUACAACAGCUAUGCUAGAGAUAAUGGUUUCAACAUUAGAAAGAAUAAGGUCAGGUAUAGCAAAACAGAGUCACGUCAUAUGCGUUAUAGGCGGUUUGUUUGUUCAAGACAAGGGAAACGUGACAGCAAGUUGCUAACCGAGGAAGGACACAGCCGUAGGCUCAGAGCCGAGACACGCUGCUUUUGUGAAGCGCACCUGACCGUCAAGCUUGACCAAAAGCGUGGGGUUUGGUAUGUUGAAAGUUUUGAGGAUAAGCAUAGCCAUAUGUUGGCAGGACCGGACGAGGUACCUUUUCUUUGGUCCCACAGAAAAAUCAAAGAGUACCAGAAGCAUGAGAUAAUGUCCAUGGGAGCUGCAGGGAUUAUAAUUCAUGACAUGAUGGAUUGCUUCAUCAGCAAACAUGUAUGGUACAACGGUGUUGGUUUUAUCAGGCGUGAAAUAUACAACCUUCGCGCCAAGGAGAAGAGGAAGCUGCUUUCAAAAGGUGAUGUUGCCACAGCCAUAGGCAUCAUGUCUAGUAGGAAAUAAAGGGAUCCUAGCUUCUUUUUCGAGUACAUGCUAGAUAAGGAAGGACAUUUGAAUAGGAUGUUCUGGUGCGACUCCCAGUCUCGUCAUGACUAUGAGGACUUCGGCGACGUGCUUGUAUUUGACAGCACGUACAAGAUGAACCGCUAUGGUAUGCCAUUCAUACCUUUUGUUGGUCUUAACAAUCACCGGAAAACCACUGUUUUUGGUUGUGC